GUGGUUUUUUAUAUUUGAAAAUAACAGACCCCUGCUGUCUAAAGGACUUGGUUUUUUUCACUUCGUGCUGCUCCAGAAAAAACGUGAGGAAAACAUUGACUGACUGCAGCAGCUCCUUCCCUUCCAAUCAAGGACUGUGCCAUGGGCUUACUGUUUGCCCUGCUUCCGGUGCUGGGUGGAACCGGGAAUUAUGUCCAUGACUAAAUCCAAGGUUGGUGGUAUUGCUGGCUUUCUUGGCAGUUUUAUCAAUAAUGUAAUGUCACAGACCUGUGUGCCUUGGUUCCUGAAACUUAUGAUAAGUUUGUCAUCUCAGCAGACCAAUGAACUUUAUCAAUUGGCCUCAGUUGCAUUUUGUCUACUCGUAACCUGGUGUAGUGAAAAGCUUGGUGUUGGUCUGGAAUUGGGUUCAUUUGCUGCUGAAGUGAUGAUAUCAACAACUGAUCUUGCUCAACAUACGCUUGAACAAGGUGAACCUAUUCGGAACCUAUUUGCUGCUCUUUUCCUGACUAGCAUUGGGUUGCUGAUCCAUGUUCAUUUUCUGUGGAAUCAUGUUGACAUCUUGCUGGCAUCAGUUAUACUGCUGGUCAUUGUUAAAACUGCUGUUAUUUCUGUGGUUGUCAAGGGAUUUGGCUACAGCAACAAAAUUUUAGCUGUUGUCGAAUGUCUUGGGCACAAAUAGGGGAAUUUGCAUUUGUGCUGCUAAUCAUGCAGUCAUGCUUCCAAUCUUCGUCUUGUUGAGUGGAAGGUGCAUGCUGCUUCUUGGAACAACAGCUCUCAGUCUGGUACAAACUCACAUAGUAAGUGGAGCAUUAGGAGAAUCUCUCCCAUGCUCCCUCUCUGUGUUAUAUAUGGCUAUAGGAUAUGUUUUGGUAGGCAAGAAGUGGGAAUGCCAGAAAAGGUGCUAUCCGCCUUUAUGAGUAGGUGAACAAGACCUCAUUGCGAUGCACGCUUUCUUAGCAAUGAAUCUCCCUCCGACACUGGUGGGUGGAGCGGAGACGCUAGGCUGAGCUCCAAGCUUGGCGCAUUCUGAGUUGCAGGAUUGUUAAAUAAUCUGCAAUCAGGUAUUAUUGUUGUGCGAGUGCAGUAGGUACUCCGCAGUGGAGAGAGUGGUAGGCCUAUGCUUAUUUUGAGGAAGAAAAUAGUUUUGUGGAUGGGUAGCAAGUUGAGUAGAAGUUGUGGUAGUGACAAAAUUCUGGGAAAUCCCUCUCCAGUCGCCUUUCCCAAGCUGCUGCAGAAAUGGCUAUCACACGUACCCUUUUUCCUCGAAAUAUAAGCAUUACUAGUGGUAGGACUAAACUAAAACCAAGAUGAUGAUGAGUAUUAUUAUUACCAUUACUAACUCCACACCAAACAGCUUCAUACUCUGAUGACUAAUUCCCAAAACCCUAACUCUGCAAGUGCUUGAAUUGUGACCAUUUCUUCCACACUCUGAGCAUUUCCUCAUCCCCAUUAUUAUUAUUAUUGAUUA